UUGGCUGCGUGUGACGUAGACAUUUGGCGCCACAUUUGUUCCAGCAGCAGCUGUCGGCCGUUGCGACUUGAGCCGAAACCCAGAAAAAUUCUCCCUUCGUGCUGUUUUUGUCACACAUGCUCCACUUUGGCCAGCCGUUUUCGUGUCGACGACUCUACCUAAGCGGUGUUUCUUGCUCUCCAAGAUGUUUGUCACGGACAUACGGAAAGAAUUUUAUGAAGUUGUUGCCAACCAGAGAGUUGCCCUCCUGGUGGCGUCAGAUAUCGAUGCUCUUUGCGGCUGUAAGAUUAUUCAGGCUUUGUUCCACUUUGACCAGGUUCAGUAUACCCUUGUACCAGUGAUGGGAUGGCAGGACCUUGGAACUGCCUUCCUUGAACACAGAGACCAAUUUAGGUACUUUGUCCUCAUCAACUGCGGCGCCAACGUUGACCUCCUCGAGAUGCUGCAGCCGGAAGACGACUGCAUCUUCUUCAUUUGUGACACGCAUCGGCCUGUCGAUGUGGUUAAUGUUUACAAUGACACUCAGAUAAAACUGCUGAUAAAACAAGACGACGACUUGGGCGUGCCCUCCUAUGAUGACAUAUUUCAAGACGAGGAGGAUGAGGAGGAGGCGGGAGAUGAUUCCGGGAAUGAAAGCGGUGAUGGCUCUGAGCCGUCGGGCAAACGAAGGAGAUUUGAUGAAGGGGCAGUUGAGCGGCGAAUCGAGAGGCAGCGUGAGAAGAGGGAGUGGGAAGCACGGAGAAGGGAAAUCUUAUUUGAGUACGAGCAGUAUGAAUACCAUGGAACAUCUACAGCAAUGAUGUUUUUCGAGCUUGCCUGGCUGUUGAGUAAAGACACCAAAGACAUGCUCUGGUGGGCUAUCAUCGGGCUGACAGACCAGUGGGUUCACGACAAAGUCACGCAUAUGAAAUAUAUAACAGACAUCGCUACAAUGCAGCGGCACGUGUCCCGACAUAACCAUCGAAACGAAGAUGAGGAGAACUCUCUUUCCGUUGAUUGCAUGAGGAUCUCCUUUGAGUACGACCUUCGUCUGACCCUCUACCAGCAUUGGUCUCUGUACGAGAGCAUCUGUAAUUCAUGUUACACCUCCUGCCACUUCAAGUUGUGGACUUUAAACGGCCAGAAGAAGCUGCAAGAGUUUCUGGCGGACAUGGGGCUGCCUCUAAGGCAAGUGCGGCAGAAGUUCACGUCCAUGGACAUGUCAAUCAAAGAGAACCUGCGCGAAGUCAUCGAAGAGUCUUCCAAUAAAUACGGAAUGAAAGACAUCCGUAUCCAGACAUUCGGUGUCCACUUUGGCUUCAAGAACCGUUUCCUGGCCAGUGACAUGGUGCACGCUACCAUCGCUCUUCUUGAGAGCACGGAGAAUGACGAGAACGAGACGGACAACUUCAUCAAGGCUCUGGACUCUCUUUCAAGGAGCAACCUGGAUAGCCUGCACUCGGGCAUGGACCUGGCUAAGAAGAAGCUGAUCGCCAUCCAGCAGACCGUCGCGAGCUGCAUCUGCACCAACCUCAUCUUGUCCCAAGGACCGUUUCUCUACUGCUACCUUAUGGAGGGCACCCCCGAUGUCAAGCUUUUUUCAAAGCCCAUGGCCUUGACGCUGCUCUCAAAGUACCUCCUUAAAGCAUUCAUCCAAUCAACAAGAAAUAAAAGGUGCAGAUUGCUUCCGCUCAUUAUGGCCGCUCCCAAAGAUGUGGAGAAGGGGACCGUCCUCGUCGUGGGGAUACCACCCGAGUCGGAAACAUCUGACAAAAAGAAUUUUUUUGGCAGGGCAUUUGAAAAAGCCGCCGAAAGCACCAGCUCCAGAACGCUCCAUGACCACUUUGACACAUGCCUGAUUGAACUGAAGACCGAAGACCGCAGCAAAUUCCUGGAUGCACUCAUAACCCUUCUGUCCUGAGGCAUUUCUACUCCAAAUGAAUGUGAGGGUGACGGAGACACAGUACGUGAAUGAUGUCGUCCUCAUAGAGCAGCUCUAGUGAGUGUUUUGUUUUUUUGAGGGGGGGGGGGGGGUCUUGUUCAUGUUUUUUUUAAUCAGUUUCUGUGUAUAUUGUACAGUAGGUUGUAAAUGUGCGGAUGUUUUAAAUGUAGUUGUUUUAUGUCUGUUUGUCAGACUCUCCUUAAAUGUAACAUUUUAUGCAUGUUUAAUAAAGCACACAAGGUCUUAACAAAAUCCC